AUGGGUCGCGCCAAGGUGAUAAGGAAACCCCAUUUGCAUCGUCCUUCAAGGGAUCGUAUCAAUCCGGAGGAUUUCUAUUGGACCAAAGAGGAGGUAAAGCGAUCCAUUCAGCGAUGGUCCUUCCUCUGGGAACCGAUUUCGGAUUCCGAUUCAGAGAGAAGUUCCUUGGGAGAUGGGAAGCCUCCCCUAAAGGAACUUUCUGCCUAUGGAGACUGGCGUGUGCCGGAGGGGAUGGCCUACGACUUCCAGACGACUGGCCGCCAGAUCCUCAAGAAUCUGAGCAACUUUCCCUAUCCCGAGAUGAUCCUUCCGCCCGUCUCUCUAAGCUCUUUACUACCCAACACUUUGCGGGUGAAUCGCCCGCCCUACCUCACCCACAGGAUCUUCGAGCACGUGCUGCCGGAUCUCUAUGAGAGGGCCAAGGAGCUCAGUAGUCCCAUGGAGCCCGAGGGAGCCGUGGGCUACGAUCGGCGCUACUACGACAGUCCCACGCUCAUCAGGUGCCUCUGCAGUCGCCCCGAGCCUCGGGGUCUCCCUCCCAUGAAUUUGAAGGGGGUGAGGGAGGGCGAGUCCUGGAUGGAUGGCCGCUGCUGUGCCAGACUGCUGGUGGAACUCAACGCCCCGCUGGUGGACUAUGCCAGACUUCGUCGUGGUGGGAAACACCCUUCCAGGGGAAUGAAAAUCCUUAAGGGAUUGACGAAGAUCAAGAAAUCAGUGAAGAACUCCCGAUGGAUGCGUCCCAGGGCCAGGAUUCUACUCUAUUCGGAAUCGGAGAUGGAAAUGGAGGAGGUGGAGCAGCAGGAGCUGUGGGAGAUGGAGGAGCAGCUGCCCUUGGAGGAUUACUAUGUGGAAUAUGCGAACGAGGAACUGAAUUCUGGAGAGGUGGAUAUGGAUGUGGAUGUGGAUGUGGAGACGGAGCAAUCCUCCCAAGAACUCCUGCCGCAGAUAACCCGAUCCCAGUCGGAUCUCACACUCGAGUACCUAAAAACCAGUCCCAUGCUGAGGAGAAGUCUUAGUCUAAGCAAUAUUAACUAGAUAUUCUCCAGGCCAAAAGUUAUAUAAUAUGAAAAUUCUAGUUAUAUCAAUUUGGAUUAGAUGAAAUAUAUUUAAAGGGUACA